UGAUUAUAAAGCCGCCGCGCACAAAUAGGUAUCCGCUACAGUCGCAAUAACAGGUGAUAGUUACGGGAAUCGUUUGCUUGCGGAUAGACCAACCAUCGGGCAAUGGUCUGCGGCCUGCAGUGGAAUUAGGCGUCUUCAUGUUCGACUGACGCAACUAUAAACACACGCAGCGCGAAGAAUUCGAAGUUUCAGUCGAAACACCGGUAAUCGCGAAAGAUGCUCCACAACACGUAGCGCCCAGAAAGACGAAGUCUCAGUGGAAGUCGAGGAAGAUUCCGGCUCUAAAUCAUCAUUAUCGUCUUUUGUGUGCUCGGAAGGAUCCAGUUUUGAGAGAAGGCUUGGCUCGAGCGCGGGUGUCCAGCUAUUGUGAACGAUCGCGUCUGCAGCUGCGUAUGUGUGUACCCUCAGGCGUAACAGUCAAUUAGCGGUGAAACCGACCGCCGACCGAGUGACAGUACCGAGGCAUUUCGCGCGAGAAACGCAAGAUGAUCAGCAGCAUGAUGAAUCUGACCAGUGACUUCCUGGACGAAACGUUUGUCUAUCUCUACAAAGAGAUGCACCAUUAUGUGCCGGAGUUUAUUGGAUCGAUGGGCUACGUACCGUGGGUGUUUUCGUUGCUUGGAUCGGCACUGAUCGGCUUGAGCGGAAUUCUGCCGAUGUUCAUCAUUCCGGAUGCGGCCAAAAUCGGCAAAGAGGACGGCAAGGAGUUGAGUGAUCCGGCCGAAUCGAAGACACUGAAGCUUUUGCUGAGCUUUGCCGUAGGAGGUCUACUAGGCGAUGUGUUCCUUCAUCUGCUACCGGAAACGUGGGAACAUGAACAGGCGGCUGGAGGGUCCGCCGGUGGACAUCCCUCUCUGCGCAGCGGCCUGUGGGUGUUGGGCGGGCUGUUGUUGUUCACGAUGGUGGAGAAGAUUUUUUCAGGCUACGCAAAUGUGGACGAUACGAACCCACAACCGAAAUGUGUCGAGAUCGCAACCUGUCUCUUGCGCCGUUCGGGCGGCAAACUGCCGGAAAAUUUUGUCGGCAUGUGUGGUUCGAAGGAUGGUGCCGGUCAGGGAUCGUGUGAUAUCGAGGACGUACCGAACGGCUGCUUCCUGGCGGGCAACGCGGAAUCGCCAGCGAAGGAUGAGGCUGGUCACAAAAAGGUGGCCGGCUAUCUGAACCUGCUGGCCAACUCAAUCGACAAUUUUACACACGGUCUGGCGGUAGCUGGAUCCUUUCUGGUGUCUCUUCAGCACGGUAUUCUGGCCACGAUCGCUAUUCUGUUGCACGAAAUUCCCCACGAAGUCGGUGACUUUGCGAUCCUCCUUCGAUCGGGCUUCAGUCGCUGGGACGCCGCCAAAGCCCAGCUACUGACGGCGGGAGCCGGUCUGCUCGGUGCCCUCGUAGCAAUCGGUGGAAGCGGCGCAACCACGGAACUGGAAGCGAAAACUUCGUGGAUCGCUCCGUUUACUGCUGGCGGUUUUCUACACAUUGCGCUCGUCACCGUCCUACCGGAUCUGCUGGAUGAAACUGAUCCGUGGGAAUCGGUGAAACAGUUUUCCGCCCUCCUGCUGGGCAUUGGCCUGAUGGCGUUCCUAACUGUGUACCUGGAACACUAAGCAGAAAUUAAGUGCUGGCAACGGAAAACUCACCCCAGGCCAGUUUGCUGCGCCGUGAAGUUUUCAAAGUUUCACCAAAAGCCAAGUAGAUUGGCGUCUUUGCGCCAGUCUCGCGUAGCACGUCCUGUAAAAACUAUACCCAAUCAAAACUUUAAAAUUAUUAGUCUGCUGUAGACGUGUAAAUGAUUCAGGUGGACGUUGGUGACUGAUUGUAGUACAACUCUCAACGCCCACCGUACGACCACGGUUUGUUACUCUUGUUCGUGUGUGAUGUUGUACUUUAUGUUUGUAUGUAUGUAUGUGAAUGCGCAACCUUGUUUUGAUAGUAAGAAAAUGUAGGUUUUAAUUUGAAAUUAUGUAGAGUAAGACGUGAGCAUUAACGACAGAAACGGGGUAACGAUAUUGUGACGUAGUGUUAAUUGCAUUCAAUUGACAACACAACCUCCCAAACGGUUCACUUAAACAAUCAGUUAUAGUUCGAUCAUCAGCAUGAUGAGCCAGCUUAUCACACAUUCGAGUUUAAUCGCAAAUAGUCACUGUCGUGGCAAGAAUCCUUUGAAUAUCCGGUGCAUCCUGCCUGACGAUGAGGGAUGAAACGUAUUAUAAUUAAAAACACAUGGCCAUAAAACUAAACGAUACAUUACAUUUACAUGUUUCUGCCAUACACGGGGAGGGCAAUAAAAGCGAUCAUUAAAAGACUAUUGGCCUCAUUACAUAGAAGAAAAAAAACUAGUCCAUAAAGAUUGCGAACCCAUUCUCUUGCAAUCACAACGCGUAAACAGGGCUCACCGAGUUAGUUCACACUUUACGCUUGUGUUUUCAAUAAAGAGAUUAGGUUGUGAUAAUAUAUUUGUUAUAAAUUUUGUUUCAUAGCAAAAUAAAUCUCCAACACGUUACAGGAGUUAAAUUUCGAGUGUUACGAGAAUAAAGAAAAAAGUAUCUGCGUUUUACUUCUAAACUGUACGAAUAGAUAAAAACAAUGAUCU